CUCGCCAGACUCGGCCCAGCCACCGACAAGCACGCGGCCAAGAUGACGUUACCCGGUAACAACGGCCCAGUGAUGCAGCAGCCAGCGGCCGAAAAGACCCCGCCAAAGGCACCAUCAGCCGCGCAAGAGUCGCCCACGGCGACAACGACGACGACAACUACGACAAUGGCACCGUCGAUGGCCCAGGGUAACUCGGGCAUCGCCGGAAGCACCAACUCCAACCCGAAGAAACGCUGCUGGCGGCGUCGCACCGUCCACUUCACCGUCUUCCUCGCCGUGUUCUCCACCAUACUCAGCUUGCUCUGGAUUUACAUGAUCACCGCCGACAUCAGGAAAAAGGCCUUCGACAUGAACAUGAUGCGGGACUACGUGCUCACCGGCAUCCCGAUGGAUUAUCCGCAACUCGUCAAGUACAUCAGGGACAUCGAGCUGAAGGGUACGACGCACAAGGAGAGCCUCAACGCCACCCAAACUCCCGAGGAGCGCUUCGUCGUCGCUCACCUCAAGAAAAAACGCGACGGCGUCUACUUUGAGUACAUGAGCAGGGUCGGUGCCACGACGACGACCGGCUGGCUGGAGAAGGAGAUGAACUGGCGUGGUUUGCUCGUCAUCACGGAUCCGACGAGCUUCUUUGACGCGCUCAGAAGCACGAGGAACCCAAAGACCAAGUUCUUGCACGCCUACCUGAGCACGGACAAGGGCACGCGAGUCACCACCUAUCACCAGAACAUGGACGUGCAGGUGAUGAAACUCGGCGAGGGUCCCAACAGCUUGGGACUGACCAAGGAGAUCAUGCCAGCCACGAGGCUUAUCUGUUAUCCCCUGUACUCUAUACUGUUGGCCUACAACACUACGACCAUCGACUACUUGAAUCUGGACAGCUCGGAGGUGCAGGACGGACUCCUUCUCGAUACGAUACCGUGGGAGAAGAUAAGGAUAUCGGUGCUGGCGGUCCACUGGAACAUUGUCCAUCACAGCGAGCCCGAGACCCAGGACAUCAUCGACAAGCUCACGAGACACAACUACGAAUUCGUCAAGAGCCUGAGUACCGGCAAGCUCAUUUUCGUCUACAACCAACAGCUCAAGGUCUGAGCUUGAGAACCUAUUCGUUACGCGACUUUGGAUCAUCCUAUUGUUUGUGGUGUACCCGAUACACAUGCUGGGAGUAUGAUAAGCGCAACCUUUUGCGUGGGAUGGUAUUGUUAUAC